CUGAGAAUUUGGAACAGUCAUCGAGAAAGCGGGAAUCGGUGUGCACCAGGGAUUUAGUCAUCUGCACCAACAUUGAACACCUGACAAAACUUGAGACUUGAAAGACGUCGGGCUCUGGAGAUCUUCUGCCAUUUCGUCAUCUGUCCUAUCUAUAGGAACCCCACGUUGAUAGAUAUAUUGUCUGUCUGAGAUACUUGUGGUGCUUUGAGAGCCUAGGAAAAAAAAAAAAAAUUACAAAGGGUGUGACAAUGGCAUCCGCGUUUAGUUUUGGGUUUUCCGGAGACGACAUCGAUAUCGAUGACUCGGAGCUCAAUGGCAUUGAGGACGGAAAUGUGUCUCUUCCUCAAGACAACAAGAACGAGCUCCCUAGCCUUGUGGAAGCUAGAAAGCACGACAUGAAAGAAUGGGUCUCGACUCUUCCGUCUCAGAUUUCAUACAACCGGUUGGAAUUGAACGGACUGCCAAACCGCGCCCAAGGGAAGCCCCUCUCGCUCGCUCGCCGUGAGGUCUUCGAUAUUCGCACUCAGCUCAUGGCAGAGGAUACUGCGGACCAUGAGAAUGAGCAACUAAUCGCCGGCCUUGAGAAAGGUGACAUCAAGCCACAGUUCUAUGAAGGCGGGUUCAAGACGUGGGAGUGUGCUCUAGAUCUCGCGAAGCUGGUUGUCAGCGAGGAUCAUCUAUCCGGCAGCGCUGGGGAGUCAUUAGAAGGCCGUCACAUCAUAGAGCUGGGCGCUGGGACCGCCGUCCCAUCCUUGGCUUUGUUUGCGCAAUUGUUUUCUGAAUCCACCCCGUCGGGUUCUCAACGCAAAUCACAUUUUACCUUCGCAGAUUACAACUCUGCGGUUCUUCGUCUGGUCACACUGCCGAACCUGCUCUUGACGUGGAAUCAUAUCGUCACGGCCCAAAACUCCCCGUUGGCCGAAGCCACUUCUCCAGAGGGCCAAACGGAGGAAGAGGAGGAGCUAGACAUCACGCCGGAGCUCAUCGAAAGUUUCGAGAAAGACCUGGCCAGCCGAGGCAUUACGAUUGAAUUUGUCUCUGGCGCAUGGUCUCCUACUUUUGUGGACCUUGUGCUGUCUUCCCCAGAGAAGGCUAAGAGUAGAACCUUGAUACUUGCCAGCGAGACCAUCUACUCGCCCGCGUCAUUAGGCGCCUUCUCGGAGACCUUGCUGGCGUUGCUGCGUGCUACCGAGGCGAACACGCAAAGUAGAGCGUUAAUAGCGGCCAAGAGGGUCUAUUUUGGGGUCGGCGGUGGUGUGGACGAGUUUUUGGAAGUGUUCAAGGGGGUCGGUGGAGGGGAAUUGGAAGUGACGGAGCAGCUGAAUAUUAAAUCCGAGGGAGUUGGCCGGGUGGUUUUGGAAAUUGCAACCAGAAGCCCCCAAUAGCGCGAAGCAUGGAUCAGCCAUGAUUGAGCGACGGCAAGUGAGGAGGCUUGAAGCUCUUCGUUUGCUUCAAGCCUCGCGUCCACGGCGGGAUAUACAAGUGACACAGUCGACGAACAAAAAACCUUAAGACUGCCCUGAUAUAUGUACAAGUCACUGCUUCUCAAGCAAACAAAAAGAAAAAGAAAGAAAACCGAAUCGAUUUUAUCUAGUCAUAUAGA